AUGGGAAAGAGGCAGGGUUUACCAGCUCUUUCGGUUGCUUUGGCAGUUCUUGCUCUCUUCGCUGCCACUCUCUACCAGUCAUUGAAGACCUAUUCUGGAAUCAACGAUGCCGAGGCAAUCCGUGCCAAGUAUGGUCCCUGGGCGGUGGUUCUCGGCGCAUCAGAGGGUCUAGGAGCGGCCUGGGCCGAAGUACUCUGUGACAGUGGUGUCAAUGUGAUGAUUGCUUGGAGACGACAGGCAGCAUUGGAGCAACGAGCCCAAGAAAUGAGCACUGCCUGUCAAGUCCAACCCGUUGUCAUGGACAUAAACAAUGGAGAACAAGUGAGCAAACGUCUAACUGAUCUCUUGAAGAGCCAAGAUGUUGGGCUGGUGGUUUACAACGCGGGCAGCCACGUUUUAGGUCCUUUGUUGACAUCCCUCUCGAGCAGCAUCUGA